ACUAUGAGGUCACAACUGGUUUUAAUUAACUUUAUUGGCCUAGUCGCUCUAGGUUUAGGAGUUCCUCUCCAAGGAUUUUCCGAUCAAUGGGAGGUUGCUUUGGAUGAGUUGGGUCAAAUGCACCUGAUCAGUCGGGAGCUAUAUUUGGAUGAAGAGCUCGAUCGACCGGAACCGAUAUUCAACCCGGAGCAGGAUACCCAUUUCUAUCUGUAUACCCGAGACAAUCCGGAAGUGCCACAUCGUAUCAUCAAUAAUGAUUUGGAUUCAAUCGAAGACUCCGAGUUCGAUCCCAGCCAUCCUACGCGAAUUUUGAUCCACGGCUGGGGUGGAAGCAUGAAUUCCCAACUGAACGUCCAAGCUCGGGAGCAGUUUUUCCUGGAAGGAGACUUCAACGUCAUCGUAGUCGAUUGGAGCGCUGGAAACGAUCCAUUCUAUCCGAACUCCCGGAAGUUGGUUUAUGCCGUUGGAAUCGCAACCUCUAAUAUGAUUGACUUCCUGGUCAACAACAGAGGUCUCGAUCGGGAAGAUGUUGUGGUAGUUGGUCACAGUUUGGGCGCUCAUUGUGCCGGUAAUGUCGGAAAAGGUCAAGCCGGGCGACUGCCUACCAUUAUCGGACUGGAUCCGGCACUUCCUUUCUUCUCCGGUGAUAUGAUUGAUCGGAUUAAGGACACCGAUGCGGAAUAUGUGGAAAUUAUUCACACAAACGGUGGAGUUCUAGGAUUCAUGGAACCCAUCGGAGAUGCAGACUUCUAUCCGAACUGGGGUCGAAUUCAACCCGGUUGUGGUCCUGAUGUCGGCGGUAGUUGUGCCCAUAACCGAGCGGUGGAAUUCUACGUGGAAUCGAUCACGUCCAGUAGCGGAUUUGCCGCCAGGCAGUGUGCUAGCUUCCAGAACAUUCGUGACGGAGUUUGUACCGAAACAGGCGAAACAGCUCACAUGGGAGGUGAACCUCCGAACAGUGGUGCCAGUGAUGUGGAAGGAAUCUACUUCUUGCACACCAACUCUCAAAGCCCUUUUGCUAUUUAA